CCGGGAGCGAGAUCCAGGCUGCCGCCGGCGACUUCCGCCGCCCCUGCGUACGCGUGGACCGUCCGGCCCUAGGGCGCGGACCGUCCGGCCGUCAGGCAGGAAACCCUAGCCCCUGCGUCAGGUCGUGGACCGUCCGACUCCAGGCCGCGGACCGUCCGCGCCUGACCAGAGAGCACCGCCGCCGGUUCUUCUUGAGUAUUUGGCGCCCCGAAAAAGCGUCAACAUUAAGUAUAUUUCAUUGGUACGGGUGACAGGAGAUGAUACAGGCGAAUCGUUGCAGAGAGAUGUGAUAUAGGGGAGAGAUUGCUGACGUAGUGGGUGAAAUUCCGUUCAAGACAGUCUCAGUCAUCCACUUCCCCUCUGCACCUUGAACGUCCUCCGCAGAGGCAGCUCCCCAACUGUUAGAAUGGACGACACGGAAGCCGCCAAGAACACGGCCACCACCGGCCCCACUUUCGCCUCCCCUCUCUUCUCUUUCUCCAACCUCGGCGGUGCUUCCUUCGGCUCUGGCUUUGGCUUCAAAUCCAGCGCUCCUCUGCCGCCUGCCAUCGAGGUCCAGCUCUGCGAGGAAUCACCCGUUCCGGCAGCUAGGUUGGAGCCAGUCGUGGUCGAUGACUCCUUGACGAUCUACAAGGGCAGAGUGAGUACAUCUGACGUGUUUGGUGUCAAAGACUCUGAUUUGGUCCCUGGAAAAUAUGAAGGUGGGUUGAAGCUGUGGGAAGGUUCAUUAGACUUGGUGAAAGCCCUGAAUUCUGAUAUCAAAGAAGAUAAAUUUCAUCUGGAAGGCAAACGCGUAUUGGAGCUUGGAUGUGGACAUGGCCUCCCUGGCAUUUUUGCGGGUCUCAAGGGUGCUGACCUGAUUCAUUUCCAAGAUUUCAAUGCCGAGGUGCUUAGGUGCUUGACUAUACCAAAUGUAAAAGUCAAUCUUUUCAAGGAUUCACCAGAAGGAACAUGUACAUGUCCGAUUGUUGGUUUCUUUGCUGGUGAUUGGAGUGAAAUGGAUAAGCUACUACUUUGCGGGGAUGCUGAGCAAGACAAAACAGCCAGUGGUGAUACAGAAGUGCUUGCGCUACCCUGGGGGUGUGGUUUACAUGGCAGGGAAGAAGCAUUACUUUGGAGUAGGUGGUGGCACAAGGCAGUUUCUGCGCUUGGUUGAAAAAGACGGUGCCAUGCAUCCUGAGCGGCUCAAUGAUGUUGCUGAUGGAUCAUCCAAUGUUAGGGAGGUUUGGAAAUUCUCAUUCAAAUAGAUUAGCACUGCCCCUGCGAUUGUCGGGAGAACUGGAAACAUGUACUGGACUCCAUAUUGGGUGAGAGGGAGGUCUUAUAGGACUUCCUGGUUCUGUUAAUCUACCUGUGACUGUUUCAAAAAGCUGAUCUUUCUCUUUUGGAGCACUGCUUUGCUCUUGUAGACUAAAAAAAAUCGCUUUUACCUCUGGUUUCUGUUUGUUAAACUUGUUUAGCCUUUCAUAUGAAACGAUGAAUUCUCCAUGAUAUUAUCACACUUGCUCUCAAAUUACCCUCCAAAGAUAGCAUCUCCUAUGUAGAUUAAAAGCGUCACUUUCCACCGAGCAUCAUGACGAAGAUUCCUGAUAGUUCCAAUGGCAGACACAUCUGAUUGAGUCACACCUGACAAGUCAAAAAAAGGCGCAAGGACAAAAUUCUAUCCCAGAUGCUUCACCCUCUAUUUUUUCUAUCUGGAUUGAUAAACCAUGCUGGAUGGGGCCAAGAGGAAUGUUUUUUUUCCAGUAAACACUCGAGAAUGCACCCCCAGCAGGCAGCAGCACAAGACAGCGAGAGGUGUGAAUGCAGUAGGGACAUGGAUGUGAAAGGGUGCUCAUAGCCCCAUGUGAUGCAAGGAGUCAAGCAUUGGGGCAAGCUUUGUCCCUAUCUCCACGUUUCAGUGCUGCUAAUCCUAGCUUCAACAUGGUACAGCCUUGUGUGGGGGUCAUUCCAUGUGGCCUACUGUCGUGAUUUGUAUUGUAUGUACCCCUCCUUGUAGGUAGUGUCUAUAUCUCCUGCCUUGCAGCUUUUGCAGUGAGCUACCAUGUCCACGAUGGGCUUCUUCCAGGACACCCGCGUCGUCGGUGGUGGCAGCAGCCGGACGGCCAGGUUUCUCCAGUACCAGAGGCUGGAGUGCUGGGAGGACGCCGGAGUCGCUCCCAGUCCCAGGUCCCGGUGGCGGUGGCCGUGGCUGCCGACGGAGAAUGGUAAGAUGGCUCCCCCCUGUUUGUUCAAUGUCAAGAGGCUGAAGUGGAGCAAGAUCACCUCGGCUCUGAUACUACCAAGGAAGGUUGCUGAGCUCUCCGCAAAGAUCCGUCACGCCAGCGCCAGGACCGAGGCCGCCGCCACCAUCUGCCCGGCCGUCGUCUUCGUGUCACCGUGGGGGCUUCCUGUGCUCUCCCGGCCACUCUUGGUCGGCCACAAGAGCAGGUACCAGUAUCACCAUGGAAAGGACACCUGAUGAUGAGCUGAGCAGGUAGUACCCAAUCUGUAUUCCUGGCGAUGAUUAUAUAUGCGGCGAGCUAGUUGAUCUUGUAGUAUGUGUAGUAAUCCUCAUUUUGAUUCCCCUGCGAUGCUUGUGUCAUGCUUGAUUGGGCCCCUUGCUACGGCAUGCAUGUCAUGUUGUGCCCUCUAUCAACAUCCGUACCAAGCAAAGCAAUUGCUAUAUUCCAUCA